AUGAGUACGGGUUUGCCUGCAAUUGAGGAGUUAGUGAGUGGUAGAGUACCAGGCCCUGCUGUCGAUGUGUCUGUCUACCUUCCUGACGCUGCCAAUGUUGCUGUCUGGGGUUGCAUGCGUUUCUCCGCAUGCCUACCGUGUUUAACAUUAAUGAAGUGUGGUAGAUACGAGAAGCCGGCAGCAGAGGCUGCUCGCCCGCCAGCAACUUUUGCUGCAGCGCCAGCAGCAGCAGCAGCAGCGCCUGCUGCUGCGGAAGCACAGUACUUACAGGGAACAGGUACCCCAGCUCAGCAGCAGCCGCGGCAGCAGGAACCACUCGAGUGGAAUGCGCAUGCAAGGACUAGCAGCAGCAGCAGCAGCAGCCAGCCCUGGGGAUUGAGCUGUCGCCGCAUGCACGGCUGCAGCAGCAGCACGCGGUGCAGCAGCAGCCACAGAGGACCUUUGCCGCCGUUAUCGUCAGCAGCAGCAGCAACACCAACAGCUUCUGCUGCUGCUACUGCUGCUGCUGUCGAUGGCGCUGCGUUUCUGGGCGUAGAAAGCUCGACUGCAUCAACCCUUCCGCUAGCAGCAGCUGCUGCAGGUACGACGCAUAAGAGCAAUCGGCAUAGGAAUAGAAGCACGAGACUCCCAGACGGCAGCGGCAGCAGCAGCGAGAGGGCUGCUGCUGCUGCUGCUGCUUACUUUGCAACUGGUGCAGACGAGGAUCAAGCAUCAACGCCACUAGCAGCAACCCCUCUAGCAGCACCCGCAGGAAUCAGCAGCAGCAGGCCGAGGCUAGUGAUCAGGCGAAACUGCCCUUCUGCUGCUGCAUCUGCUGGUGGGGGUCCCCUGGUGGCUGCAGCCGUUGCUGGUUCCUCCGCUGCGGCUGCUGAGGCAACAUCGGCAGCCGCAGCAGAGCAAACAGAAGCGGCAGACGGAUCGAUUCUGAGAGCAGCAACAGCGGCAGUGGCUGCUGCAGCAGCUGACAGUGCAGCAGUUUUGCGGCUGCUCCCUUUCUUGGUGCCUUACCAAACCCCUGUGGGGCAGCGACAGCAGGGGCAGGAGGCGCGAAGCUUUGGAACGCAUGCAUGGGGGGAAUAUCUGCAGGAAGUUCGCCAGCGCAUUGCAGCAGCAGCAACGGCGACAGCAGCGACGGCAGCAGCAGGCGCAGACCUGAGUAAGUUGCAGGUUCGCAGCCAGGAAAUCGCGGGUUAUCUUCCUCCUGCGCUUGGCUGUUGCAGCGUGCAGUGUACAUGCAGCUGUGAUCGUAGCGGCAGCUCCGAGCGGCAAGACUGUCACGUGCCGCUUGCGGCGGGUGUAGCUGCCGCGGCAGCAACAGUAGCUGCUGAAGAGGAAGCCUUCGCGCUGCUGCAUGCGGAUGUGCUGGACCUGAAGUUUCAUUGGUGGAGGGCCGUUGCCGCAGCUUGGAGGAAGAAGCAGCUGCCGCUGCUGCAGCAGCAGCUCUCCCUCCUGCAGCAGUACGACCCGCAGCAGCAGCAGCAGCAGCAGCAGCGACAGCAGCUCCAAAGCUACUCAGCGUGGAUCGGCUGUCUUAACGAAGCCACAGCUUCUUUCCUCCCAAAGGCCCGCGAACACCUGCAGGCGGCAGCGGCAGCAGUAGAAGCCGCUGCGACACCGACAGCAGCCGCUACGCAGCAGCAGCAGCAGCAGCAAUCAGGCAGGAGUGCCCUCUGGGAGUGGCUGUGGGGGGCCGCUGAGGCGUUUGGAUUUUGCUGCAGCAGCAGAUUCACUGCCUUGCGCUUACUGGAUGCCUAUGCUGCACAUCCUGCCUUUCCUUUCAAGUGUACAUGCAGCAGCACAGAAACCAGCAGUGGAGAGGGCUGUAGAUGCUGCAGCAACAGAGAACUCGCACUUUGCGCGGCAGCAGCCUUGCUGCUUGCUGCUGCGCUCCACUGUCAUUGGCGAGACAUUGCGACCGAUCAGUUCUUGCAACAGUUGCUACAGCAGCUACAACAGCAGCAGAUACAGCAGGAGCAGCAGCAGCUCUUUACGCAAGAUGACGUCAUCAUGGUGCAGGCCGAUAUGUUGCAGCUUCUGCAGCCGUGCCUAUGGAUGUCUCCUACACCUGCAGACGCCCUACUCGUGCAUCUUGCUGGUCUAAGGGACUUCCCCCUGUUGCUGCAGCACACGCCGCAUGCUGCUGCUGUUGCGGCAGCAGCUGCUGCUGCUGCUGAUGCUGAAGCACGUGGCGCAGCGGCAGCACCAGCAGGCACUGCAAGCAUGCCGCCUCAGAACGUCGAGCAACAACAGCACCAGCGCCAGCAGAAGCAGCAGCCACAACAACUUUGCCCCCAAAUAGGAUACUCCAGCAGCAACAAGGAUGGUGGAGGGUGGACUGUGCUGUCUCUCUUUGAUUUCUUCGUAGGCACAGGGCUUCUCGCGUGCCUGCACGACGUACUGCUGCGUUGCUGUUACGACGCAGCGGCGCAUGGCCUCCUGCAGCAGGUGCCUGGCAGCAAGCUGAUCGCUGUGCUGCUGUUGCUGUUGUUGCGUCCAUAUGCGCAGCAGCCGCAGCCAGCACAGAGGGGCGAACUGGACCUGCUGCGUCUGGGCUGCACCGCGUUCGCGAGCAGCAGCAACAACUGCGACGGGGCCAUUGCAGAGGCAUGCGCAUCUGUUAGACGACGCAGGCGACACAUGAGCAGAGACUUCUACCAGCCACGCGCGGAACUGGCGCAGCAGCCGAUGCAGCGCCAGCAGCCGCAGUCUUGGCAACAAAAGUACGCAAGGGUCGAUGGCGGCGCUGCGGAUGCUCAUGAAUCAACAGCUAGACAUCCUUCGCUAGCCACAGCAGCAGUGGGAUCCUCUGUAACUCCCUCCUCAGCUCGUGCGCAACCUGAAGCUGUCACAGGGAGCGGCUUCUGGGGUGUGGCCUCGGCAGCAGCAAGCAUAAAGCUCCUUAACGUCAAGCAGGCCUUCCGUGGAGCGUGCAUUGCUUCCAGGAUAUCUAGCUAA